CUUUUUUUUUUUUUUACUUUUCUCGAUUGGAUUCUAUCUUCUUUGACUCUUUGAUGAUCAAUCAUAGAACGAAUGUGAUGAGUAUGUCUUCUUGUUUUUGGGCUUUACUUUCUUUACCAGAUUAUGAAAUUUUAUACCUACCGACAUCCAUCAUGAAUACUCGAGUCGAUCAACAUUCGAUCAAGGAUCUUUUACUUGGAAAACCUUUUAUUAAUUUUAUUCAUCCGGAUGAACGAUCAUUAGCCAAGAAUGAUUUCAACAAAUUCACUGAUUUGGACACAUUGGCCGGGGCCGUCACAAGGUGUCGAUUAAGAAAACUGGACUGCAUUGCCAGAUAUCAUCAUCAAGAUCGUGGAACUGAUCUUGACUGGAUAGUGGUUGAUGUGAUUAUGUAUACAGCUGCUGAAAAUAUUAUUUUGGCCUUUUUCCAUUGUGAUCAAGGUUAUCCUGCUUGCCCUCAUACUCUGUGUGAUGAUGAAAAGGAGACGGAGAUCAAUGGAAUGCAUUGUUUACCAUCUUUGUUUCAACGUUACAAUGACAAUCGUAUAAUUGGUCAUAUGUCAAAUCACCAAGAACUAUCGAUCGGCACGCUCCGUGCAUUCCAAUUAUAUAAUAAUGUUACACAGAAUACGAUCAUGACUUGGCCUACAAAAGAACAACUUCCUGCAUCUUAUGACAAUAUUGUAGAUGCCAUUCAAGAUGAUUUUUAUAAUGCAAUUCAACAACAUCAGCUAUAUCCAACUUCUCGUAACAAAGUUAGUAGUACUUCAUGUACAUAUCAUACCCGUUCGACUUCUAAUAUUCUUUUGGAUCGUCAUGGUAUUUUACGUUUUGAGAAAAUAUUGAUUCAAUAUGGUCAACUGAUUUUUGCUGUUUUUCGAAUUUCUUCACCUCGUUCUUCUUCACCCGAUCAUCAUCAUCAUCCAUUACCACAACCUAUUAUUUCAAGUCCUUCUUUAUCAUCAAUUACAACAUCAUCAUCACCUAUUACAAGCUCAUCUUCACCAAUAAUAACUACCACUAAUACAACAACAACAACAACAACAACAACAAUGAAUAGUAUGAAAUCAUUAACAACAAUAGACACAGAUAAUGAUCAUGUACCUUCUAAACGAAAUUCACCAUCAUCAUCAUCACCAUCAUCAUCAUCAUCAAGAUCAUGGCGUAUUCGACCCAAUGAAAAAAAACGUUGUGAAAGCUGUCAAACCAGUCAAAGUCCAGAAUGGAGACGAGGACCUAGUGGACAUCGUACUUUAUGUAAUGCUUGUGGAUUGAGAUAUUCUCGAUCAUUAGCCAGACAAGAACAAAGAACAACAUUAUCUCCCAUAAUAUCUCAUGCAUCUAUUCAACAACAACAACAAAAUAUUCAACAGAAUGAUUCUAUUCAACAAAUGUCACAGUCAUCGGAUGAUUUAUCUCAUCAUCAUGCCCGUACAAAAUACCCUGGUCAACGAAGGUUCUUUAAUUUGUAUCCAUAGUUUUUUAUUUUGAUAUGUAUUUUUGUCAAUAGUUCUAAUCAUUAACUUAUAAU